AUGCAAUCGUCCGGGAAAACUGCUACCAUCACUGACAUCAAUAGUGUGAGGGAACAAGGCCGGUGUGUGCGCGAUGUCAGCAUAGGAGGAGAGAAUGCAAGUAUCAGCAGCCUACAGAGUCUGGUAUCCGACGCCCAAAGGCUAAGAGGUCAAGCUGCAGACCAGCAGGGCUUAGCUCACCGGAUUGAGAUACUGGAGGAUAAAGUCGGUCAUAAAACCGGAUCGCAAACACAUUCACCAGGUUCAUCAGUUGGGAAAACAGUGAGCGAAGAUACAAGUGUUGAUGAGCUUGCCACACAUGCAUUCUCUGAGACGUCACUUGGACAUGUAUACUUUGGGUCUAGUUCGAACUACGCCAUGUUUAGACACAUCUCAAACGCAUUCGCAGAAAGCGCUCUCCUACACCUCACGCUAAGCAGUCAUGCAUCUACGGCUCUUCAAAGCUGCAGCCUAUCGGAAGAAAACCCAAAAUCCGCGAGGGAGAAACUAUCAUUGGUAAAGCAAUUCUCAGUAUCUCUGGAAGAUAUGCACGCCCUACCGUCUAGAGAUGAGGUACAGUAUCUUAUUAGUCGCUUUUCCACAACAAUCGGUGUUAUCCUUCCAUAUGUCUACUAUGAAUCCUUGUUAAAUACAUAUGAGAAAGCUCUUCUUGAAAGACCCCCAAGGUUCCAAAGGGGCUUUUUGGCUCUUCUGAAUGUGAUUUGGGCACAUGCAUCUGCGUCCUUGCAGCUUCCGGAGGCAGAGGUAUUCUACAGCCAUUGCGCAGGUCUUCUCGACCAGCAAGCACUGGAGAGACCAACUUUUGAACUAGUACAGACAUUACUGCUAAAGUCUCUUUACGAGCAGAAUCAUCAGAGGUCUACAUUGAGUUAUACGACCCAUACAAACUGUGUCAGAGCAGCAUUGCAGAUGGGCUUUCAUUGUGCCUCUGUUCGGGAUGCUCAUGGACACACACCCGACAGUCUGCAUCGAAGAUUGUGGUUGGGAAUUGUGUAUAAUGAUAGUUCCUCUAACACACUCCUGGACGACAUAAUCGAAACAAUGUACGAUCAGAAUUUGGACUCCGGCCAGUCUCUCGACAUACAGACAGCCAUUAACAAGCGUGAUAAUCUACACUUCCAGCUGGAACAAUGGGCCGACAGUCUUCCUGAGUGCAUUUCCCUGCUCCCGAGUGAAGAGUUACUGAAACAAUCAGCGGUCCCAGAUGCUCGCUGGGCCGUAGGAGUACUCCUAUGCAUACAAUACCAUAGACUGGAACUGACCAUGAACUUCCCUCUAAUGAUGAGAAUCUUAGAGCCUGACUCAAUGAAAUUGCUUGGAAACCGUACUCGGGAAAUUAUUCAGCGCAGUUGCUCCCAGAUCCUUUGGGAUGACUGGUUGGCAUUACAAGAAGUGCAGGUAUUCACAGCCAUCCUCCACUGCCUAGCAAUAUUUCUCGUCCGCCAGCAAUACCCCUUAGAUUCCGAGCCGACGCCAGUCCAGAUCCGCCAGGAAAUAGAAGUAUGUCUCUCCACCAUGAGAAAUAUUAGUAGAGGAAGCAUCGUGAACCAGAAGGCGGAUUACUGUAUUCAACGGCUACUGGUGGUCUUUGACGCCCUUGUCAACGAACCUCAAGAGCAUACAAGUAAUCCAUUAGACACAUUGACCACCGACUUUAUUUUCCAACAUAUCAAGCUCCCAACAGAGGAAUUUCUCAACCAAUGUAGUCGGCACGAAGAGUCAGAGCAAGCUCAGUUGUUUUUGGAUAUAUUUUCGAGCAUCCCGCUUUGUGAAUGA